ACAAGCCGUCAAUGGGGGCUUAGUUGCUCGUAUGGUCUCUUUGGUUGUUUGCUUUUGUGGUUGUUGCUUUUCUUCUUGUUGGACAAGGUUUGGAGAAGAAAAGAGAGCAAUUGUUCUUUAGGAGGUUUUUUGGGCCAAUGAUAGGCUGUGCAUUCUCUUUAUAUGUACAUAAUAUUAGAAAAUUGCGUUAAUAUACGUUUGGUA